GCAGGCCGCCGUCUGCUCGUAGCGCUAGCCCGCUGGCCGGGACUAGCUGGCACGGGGCCUUCCACCUCGCCCAGCCCCUCAUCCGGGUGUGACAGGCCGCUUCCCCGCACCCGGGGCAAGGCCCUCGGCCACUGCACGGGCGAGAGAGCGACCCUCUGCGCCGUUCGGAAGGAAGCGACCCUCUGACUUGGGGAAGCAAAGGGGACGCGGUAGUGAGGACUUGGGGCGGCACCAAGGAAAAGACCACCAAUAUUCUCCUUUAAUAGUGGAGCAUCCUUAUCCUGCUUGAAGAACACCAGAGUUCUGAAGGGGCAUCUAGUGAUCUGACUGCAAGAAGAUGUUAAAAACUUUAAGCAACCGUCACAGUAAUGGAUCUCUGUCAGAAAAAUGAGACUGAUAUAGAAAAUGGUAAAAAUAAUGAAAUUCAAAGCACAGAAGAAACUGAGCUCACCUGUACUUGUCCAGAUGAAAGAAGUGAAAAGAAUCAUGUUUGUUGUCUUCUCAAUAUCAGUGACAUUACACUUGAACAGGAUGAAAAAGCCACUGAGUUCAGCAUCGGGACUGGAUGGGAAGAAGCAGUCCAAGGCUGGGGAAGGACUUCUCCAACUGCCUGCAUCUGGCCAAGGAAGAAACUAAAAAAGGCGAGGGUAGGAGAAAGUGCCAGCAGUGGCUGCUUAGUCUGUGUGAAUCUCUCCCAAGGGAGCCUCGAGGCCAGGCCUCCUACAGAGGCUGGGACAUUAGAGGCAGGGGCUGACACAGAGGCCGGCCUGGGGAAGGAUCGGAACAGCCUCUCCCUGACCCAGGGGUCCCUCCAGGGCUCCAGCACUGCUUCUAGGGAGAUUAGUAAAAUCUGCUUUCCCACCUACAUUUCUGGAGAGAGAAAAAGUGUGCAAAUCAAGGAGUUUAUUUUGUGCACACGAGACUGGGCCGUCCCUGAGGCCAUUAGGGGCAAGGCCCCCAGGAGUCCCGGGGGCGGCGCUGACAGAGGACUCUCCAUCUCAUGUGCCCUGACCACCAAGGCCCUCUUAGUUCUGCCCCCUUUGAAACCUUCACUCCCCAGUGGCUUGGAUGUUCUGGGUAAGAAGAGUAAGAACUUUUUCUUGCAGUUAGAAGAGAAGGUGCAGUCAGGAGAGGGUGUGGAAAAGGAUGAGUGUGUGGCUUGUGCAUAUAGAUUGAAAACAGUUGACCGAAAAGGUGCAAAGAGACCUGUUGAGCUGGCCAAGCACCUUAAGGGCAAAGGCACGCUGCCCUUCCCUUCCCCAGUGGCCCAGCGGACACGCCUGCCGGCCAGUCCCCACCAGUGCUGCCUGCCCUAUUCCCUCUUGCCUGAGAAAAACCCGGCGUUCCCUCCCAACCCCAGCAACGUGCGCUAUCUCGCCACGUUGCAGCUUUUGCAGAAACAGGGAGUGCAAAACGGCAAAGUCAAAUUCAAAGCCAAGGAGCCGAGACCUCCUGUGAACACCCAAAAGCACGUUCUCACAGAGGCCAACCAGGAAAACAGGCCCCAAACACUGGACACCAAAGUGUUCCCAAGCCCAAGAGCUCUCUUGCCGUCCCUCACAGUGAGCAGAGUCAUUCCCAUCGCCACCCACAGGGUCCUCUGAGUCGGCAUAAUAGAAUUCCCUGGGAACGAGCCCUGCUUGAAAUUCUGAAAUUCAUUCAUCCUUUCUCGUGUUCUCCUCUCUCUCCUACUACCUCCCCCAUUCUCUCUCUCUGUUCUCCCUGGUCCCCUCACUUUCUC